AUGGCGUGUAUUUUGGAUAAUUUAUAUUUGAUAGAGAAUGUUGUUAUUAAAAAGGGUGUGAAUAUAUCACCUUGCAGUAUUGGAUUAGAGUUUUAUGUGACGUUAGAGUAUGUAGAUGACUCUACAGUCGAUGUGAGUGGAGACCAAUGUUGCUUGGUAGACGAUGGCCAGGAAGACUGUGACGAACUCAGGAUUGUAGGAGGAUGUAAUGAUUAUAUUCCUCAUGGAACUCCUAAAACUUUGGUUCUAAUAGCGCCAAUACUUAACCCGUAUCAGAGAAAAGGUUAUUGUUCCAUAUUCGUUGACACGAAAGCUUCAGAUCACACAAACAAACGAGAUAUAGUUUUAAUCGAAUUCGAUACUACCGCCAAUGAAACAAAUGAUAUCAAAAUAUGUAAGAACGAGGAUGAGGACCCGCUUAACGACUGCAAACCGGUUGAUUGUGAUAGUUUUCAUAAUACUAAGAAACCAUUCUAUAAUCCUAAAUAUAAAAGAUGUGUAGAAGUACCGAGAUGUGCAGAUACUGCUAUUUAUAGCCCCCUUUCUAAUGAAUGUGUUGAAGAACCUAUCAGUGAAGACGAUAUAGAAUAUUUGAAACAACAUGAUGGUAAAGUUAGAAAUACUAAAGAUAUUCUCAUAAUACAAAAUAGAAUGAAUGACACAAGCGUAAGUCAUAAUGAAGCAAAACCUCCUAAAAUUACGCCUCCAAGAAAUAUACCAGCCGACGACACUAUAUACUUUAAAAUGUUGGUAAGAAAGUGCUUCGUUGGUCAUAAUACGUCAGUGAUAAUUCUUAGUGUUAUAGUUGUUCUACAAUGUGGUUUGAUAUUUGCCUUACUCUAUUGCAUUGCGAAGAGCUGUACCUGUUUUAAAGAAAAGAAAGUAGUAAGAAAGUUUUUCAACUACAGACAAGAUGCGACAGUAACGACGCCUCUAAUAAAUACAAGUAACAUGGAUACGGAAAUAGAUGACCAAUUUCUUAGUGACUCAUCCAAAGUCGAUCAAAAAAUAAAGUGUUAUAAAGCAUGCCAGAAAGAAACUGAAAAUGCCAGAGCUAGCAUGUCUGAUGAUAUUUUAUCAAAAUGCCUUAAUCGACGUGAUUGGAAACAUACUAGAUCUGAUACAAUACCUGAAGAUGCAGAGAAUGAUAUUAAAAGAAUAGAGAAUGAUAAUAAGGAAACUAAAGUUAUGUUUGAGGACGAAAUAAAACAUGCUCAAACAAGUACAGAGAAACGGGAUACUAGUGAAAAAUCAGUUGAAGUCAACCGAUCUUCUGAAACAGAGAUCCGAUGUCACAACUACGUAUCAAACGUUCCAAGCUUCAAUCAGAACAUUAGCGCACGUUAUGUUACUGAACAACCUCGUCGUACAGUCUCCAAAUCAACAGAAAAAGGUGCUCAGGCAUAUUUCUCGAAUGAUUCGCUCGAUGAAUACUUAUCUGAACGUGGAAUGAUAUAUUUAGCUGGUGAGAAUAUUUCGAAAUACACGUUUACUUCUAACUCGACGGAAAAUAAGCCAUCCACGACAUCUAUUUCGAGUAAGACUUCGAAGAACAUUAUGCAAAAAGUUCUCUCGAUGAUGCAUAAGAAAUCAAAAGUGCCUCUUUCUGAUCCAGGAAAAAAGGAAUUAGAUUUGCAGUUGUUGCAUAUGUCAAAAGGAACUAUGUAUUCAUCAAGUAAUGAUUCAGAGUACCGAGCGUAUAGGAAAAAAGACUCUAGGACGUCGCUGUAGGUUGGAUUAGGUGAA